AUGAGCUGUGAAAUUCGAGAGGUUGUCUCUGUUGGUUCUGAGGUUGGAGAAGUAGAGCCUGGCAAGAAGGUUCUCUUCUCUGACAUUAGCGCCAAUGAGGUUGAUUUAGGAACAGAUGCUAAGCAUUGCUUUUGCAAAGAGAGUGAUUUGUUAGCAAUCGUCCAGUGA